AUGCAAGUGCAAGAGAACGACAUACAUCAAAAUUCGAAUUGGAUUAAAAAACGAAAAUUGGACAAUGUAGAUCUCUUUUCAUAUUUAUAUUCAAAAAGAAUCUAUUCAAAUAAGUGUCGUUUUGAAGAUCUAGCCAAUGAACUUUUUUAUGAAAUAUUUGAAUAUCUUGAUCUUUAUGAUAUUUAUCGAGGAUUUUUCAAUUUAAAUCAACGAUUUCAAAAUUUAAUUAUCAAUUCAAAUUUUCCAAAUCAAAUCAACAUUUCCACAAUGUCAAAAUCAAAAUUUGAAUAUUAUCAUAAAAAUAUUCUUCUACCAAAUAAACAUCGAAUUUAUCUAAUUCGUUUAUCGAUUCCAUUUAUGAGUGAACUUAUUUUCUCGUCUGCAUAUACAAUUUUGCGAUUUAUUCAUCUCCAAACAUUAAUAAUUGAUCAUAUUGAAAUGAAAGAUUUUAUUAAACUUUCUAAUCAUUUAGCGCAUUUACGUGAAUUACAUUCAUUAAUUAUUUCUCUUGCUGAUCAUAUACAAUCAUUAAAUGUUCUAUUUUCUUCGAUUUUUCAAUUAAAGAAAUUAAAAUAUUGUAAAAUUGAAUAUACAAUUAAAGAUAAUCAAAAUUCAAUAUCGUUUGAUUUGACUCGUCGUGUUUUUAGUCCUAUUCAAUAUUUAAUCAUCAAUGGUCAAUUUUCAUUUAAUAGUCUUAAUAAUUUAUUAUCUUGUCUUCCUGAACUUCAUCAUAUAUCUAUUCAAUCUCUUAUGAAUUCGAAUGAUAAUAUAAAAAUCGACGAUCUAUCUUAUUAUAUUCAGUUACGAUAUUUAAAAUAUGUUUCAUUUAAAAUUAAUUCGAUCGAUUUUAAUAAAUUUGAAAAUAUUAUCAAACAAUUUUUUGAUUAUGUUGAAAUUUUACGUUUGACAAUGAACAGUGAUGAAGAAUAUUUAAAUGCUAAACGAUGGCAACAAUUAAUCGUAUCACAUAUGCCAUAUUUACGUAUAUUUGAUAUGAAAUAUCAAGGUUCGAUUGGAAAUAAAUAUGAUGUUAUCAAACAAUUCAGUUCAUCGUUUUGGACUGAAAAAAAAUGGUUUUUUACACAUGAACAUGAUUGGAAAUCAACAAUGGAUAGAGGAGUUUUCUAUUCGACUAUUCCAUAUCAAAGAAAAGACUAUACAUAUUAUUCUGUAUCGGAUGAACAACUUUGUUCACAUAAUCAAGAAGAAAACUUUAAUUCAGUUAAUCAUCUAUAUAUUUGUAGUAAAAUAAAAGAUCAUUGUUUGAAAUAUUUUCCCAAUGUUAAUCAAUUGACAUUUACAUUAUCCUUCAACGAUUGGAACGAUUCGACUGUAAGAAAUCUCAAUUGUAUGAUUCCAUUGGAACAACUUACGAAAAUAAUUUUUGAACCGUAUCGUAUACCAUUGGAAGAUAUUAUGCGAUUAUUAUAUUUUACAUCUAAUUUACAUACAUUACAAUUUGAUACAUUUGGUUUUCAUCACAAUAAUUUAGAUAUAGUUCGACAAAAUUAUGCUUUUGAAUAUGCAUCCAAGAGAAAUAAAAUAAAAUUUUUAAUUCUUCGUGGUCGAUGUUCAUUACAUGAACUUGAAUUCAUUGUUAAUCUAUUUCCACAAUUGAAAUAUCUCGAAACCGGAAUGAAUAGAAUAGAAAUAAAACAAAUAAUUCGGUUUUUAUUAUCAAAAACACAUAAUAAAACACAACAUUUAUUCUAUUUAUGUAUUGUAAAUACACCAAAAGUAUGCGUAAAAGAAAUCAAUGUAAUGAUGAAAUCAGAAAAUUUACUUAAAAAUUAUUCUAUUAAGUAUAUUAAUUAUAAUUUAUAUUUAUGGUGGUGA